GUUGCUCCCAAUCACUAUUGAUGAGAGUAAUCCAAAUUAAGACAAUUCUGAUAUAGAACAACACACCUCUCAGAUUGGCUAAGAUGACAGGAAAAGGUAAUGACAAAUGUUGGAGGGGAUGUGGGAAAACUGGGACACUGAUACAUUAUUGGUGGAACUAUGAACUGAUUCAAACAUUGUAGAGAGCAAUUUGGAAGUGUGCUCAAAAAGUUAUCAAACUGCAUACUCUUUGGCCCAGCAGUGUUUUUACUGGGAUUAUAUCCCAAAGAGAGCUUAAAGGAGGGAACGGGACCCACAUGUGCAAAAAUGUUUGUGGCAGCCCUUUUUGUACUGACAAGAAAGUGGAAACUGAAUGGAUGCCCUUUAGUUGGGCCUCUGUGCUCAAAACACAGGCUCAGAACAGCACAAGAAGUUUGGGACAACCCCCUCCCCCCUUUACCUCAGGGAGCAGAGCUCCACCUGAAAAGUAAAAAAAGAGGAAAUACCAAAAGAAAAGGAGCAAGAAACAAAGGAGAGCCUUGACCAUAAAAAUCUAUGGUGACAGGGCAGACCAAAACAGAAACUCAGAUGAGGACAGAAUAUCCAGAGAAAGCGGGAUAAAUUGAUCUCGAGUCCAAAGAGAUUUCUUAGGGAUGGUCAGAAAAGACUUCAAAUGGUAAAUAAGACAGGUAGAAGAAAAAAAAAUGAGAAGUAUACAUGUGAGAAUCAACAGUGUAGAAAAGGAAGGGGAAAAAUUAUAGUAAAAUAAACCAAAUGGAAAAAGAGUUACAAAAGCUAACUGAAGAAAAUCACAUCUUAAAGACUAGAGCAGGGCAAAUGGAAGCCAAUAACUUUGUGAAAGAACAAGAAUCAAGCAAACAAACUAAAAUGAAUGAAAAAAUGAAAGAAAAUGUGAAAUACUUCACUAAGUAUAAGCCAUGAAGUCAGGAGGACCUGAGUUCAAAUCAGGAGUCAUUUACUUAACACUUCCUAACUGUGGGACCCUGGGCAAGACACUUAACCCUAAUUGUCUCAGCAAAAACAGAAAGAAAGAAAAUAAAGUAAGAAGGAAGGAAGAAAAAAAGAAAAGAAAAAGGAAAAAAAUGACAUCAAAGAAAAAGAGUGUAAAGAGUGGAAAAAUAUCGGUACUAGAAGAAGAGGAAAGGGAAAGUAUCAUGGGACAAUUAGUUCACACCAAAAAGCUCAAAAGACCUAUGAAAAUAGAGAAGGGAAAAGGAGGGUGAUGAGCAUUGUCUGAAGCUUGGUCUCAUCAGUGUGGGGUCUAAGAGGGAAUCAUUUAAUCAUUCAGUGGGUAUAGAAAAUCUAACCCUACAACGAAAUAGGAAGAGAAAGAGGAAAAGAAAGGAUGGACAAGAUAGAAGGGAGGGCAGAAACAAUAGGAAAAAAGUUAAGAAAAUGGGGGAAGGGCUGAUAGAAGAUAAGGUAGUGGAUGAAGUGGGUUAAAAAAACACUAAUAAGAGAAGGGGUAGAGAGGUAGUGAGUGGGAUGGGUAAAAAGAGUAGUAAGGGGGAGAGGUGUGAAAAAAGAUAAAGUAGUGGGUGUGGUAGGUUAAAAAAACAUUAGUAAGUACUUUGGUUAAGAAUCCUACUUUAAGCUUCUGAAAAGGUGUGAUUUUCCAGAGUUCACACUUCCCACAGGUGAGAAUUUCUAUCCUCAGAGGAGUGGAUAAAGAUUGCUAUAAAUUUCACAGGAGCCAGAACCUGAGAGGUAGACCUUCCUGGAGGCAGACCCAGCCAACAAAGGCAGCAGCAUAGAGCAGCUGAGGAACUCAGCCAUUGAAGAGACAUGGAGAAUGGUGGCACUCUUGCUGGUGAAGGAGCUAAAAGUGACUGGAGCCUGUCCAAGGGCCUACAAGACCUCCUGACCUGCCCAAUCUGCAAGGACUAUUUCAGUGACCCUAUAACAGAGGAUUCUGGGAACACCUUCUGCCGGAAUUGCCUCCCUCCAAAAUCCCAGCCUUCAUACCUCCAUACCAACUGGAAGAUGCAGAGCAUGGUACAGGUGGCCAAGAAGCUAAAGCCUUGCCUGGAGCAGUCCCAGGCCCUCAGAGAGGGAUGGUGCCCCGAGCAUCAAGAGGGCUUGAAGUAUUUCUGUAAAGAAGAUAAUGAGAAAAUCUGCAUUGUGUGCAGAUACUCCAUCCUUCACCAGGGCCAUACCCUGACCCAGCUGCAAGGCCUCCACCCAAAACAAGAGGCAGGUGCCCUGCACACAAGCUGAGCCUGUUUGCUGAAGGAGCCAGUCAGGGGCACGCAGUGGUCAAAGUCUUACUCACUCCCAAAAUCCUUUGCUGGUGUUCCCUGCCUGACUUGGCUGAGCUGUGCACCCCAAGUUGGCCCAAGCAGUCAAUUGUAACAGGAAAACAUUGGGCUUCUGUGCCCUACCUGUCCUUUCUUGACCCUAAGUCCUCUUCAUGAUUUCCCUUUGUAGUUUUCAUACAUGGUCCUGGGGAGCCUCAGCACUAGUCUUUGGUUUUCCAUCUAA